ACACCUGACUAUGAAGUCACCAUCCAUUCUUGAAGGACACUAGGGGAGCCAUAUUCUCUUUAGCACUACUGGUCCAUCUAUCUUCACAUUCUGCCACAUAAGGGGUUACAAAUUCAUUUGGAGACAGCAUUAUAGGCAAUUAUAAAUUGCUAAUAACUGUUUGGUUUGGAGUUGGACCCCAUGCCCACCUCUUCUUCUCGGAUUUGAGGCUGGGUGAAACUGAUGAUUGCUUUGAUGAUGUAGUUUGAAAGUAGAGUGAUCCAGCUUUCAUAGAAGGAUAUUAAAAGUGCUACUCCUGCUACUAUUUGCUGAAUAAAUUGAGAAAUAUUGGCAGUACACCUACUUUGAAAGAUCAAUAGAGUUCUGCUGUGAAUCCAUCUGGCUCAGGUUUAAGUUGACGAGAGAUAACUGUCACCGUGAUAAUGGCCAGAAAACAUGCCAAGCGGCAACUAGGAGGUUUUGCUGCAAGUACCAUAGCAUGGUUCCUUUGCAGUGUCUCUAUGGGCCUCCCUCAAUGGCGAGUGUGGUUCUUUCAAGAUCCCAUGGAGUCCAAGCCUGGCAUGACCUUAGUAGGCAUGUGGAGAACCUGUGUUUACCACCAGAAAAGUAAUUCCACCUUUAACAGAGUGUGUUACAAAUACACCUACCAGGAUACCUUCAUCCCUCUGGAUAUUCGAGUUGCCCAACAUCUGCUACUCAUCGCAAGCCUACUUGGCAUUAUUUCCAUAAUUUCCGUUAUCAUUGCUCUUUGGAAAUUAUACUCAGGGAGACUCCGGAAGAAAGUCGCCUUCAAUCCAUUCCGCCUUCCAGGGAUUCUGAACGUCAUUGCUAGCAGCUUUGUCUUACUUUCCAUCUUGUACAAUUAUUUAUCGAUCAUUCGCAAGGAUGGGAUUGCCUUCCCUCCAUCUUUCCACACACCCUCCUUCCCAGAUAGUCAAAAAGUUGGCACUGCACUGGCAAUGGCAACUCUUUCCUGUUUCUUAUUUCUUCUAGGUGGUAUAAUCCCACUUUCUUUCACUCUUCCCCCACGUUGCCGAGUGCGCUAUAAUACUUAAAAGUAAAUUUCCAACUUAUAUAGACUUGAAAAUCUAAAAUUACCAUUAGAAAUUGCAAGCACUCUUCAAAUACCUACUUAAAAUUUCCAGAUGAAAAACCAUGCCCAAUGAUGACAAGUAGGCCUCCUGAUAUUUCCUGUCUCAGUUGCUCCAUCAGUUUCAUUGGCUUAUUGAUUUUCAUUAAAUAAAAUCUUUCCCAAUUA